CCCGGCUCCAACAAUAAACCAGGGUUACGAGCAUCCCAUCUGUCAACACGUUAGCCGACGCUGCAUUAGCAACCUGUAGCUAACGUUGGCAGCGACAGAAGGUCUUUGUGCACUUGUGAGCUGAACUAAGCCGGUGUGUGUGGAGGGUGAUGGACAGACUGGCCCGUUUGCACCCUGGAAGCUCCGCCCGUUAGCCGUGCGUCUCCUCCUCAGCCCUCAUUCAAAACAGAGCACAGCUGUUGCGAGGCGCAUCGUCGUGUCCCGAGCGUUAGCCUAAAAACUGUUAGCUGCCCGCCGCCUGCUGAUGUCCCCGCUGGAAUAUCAGGAGAAUACGGAGGAAAACCGCGCACUUCGACAGCAGGAGCCAGCCGCAGAGAAAGACAGGACUCGAUAGACAGAGAGAGGAACACAGAGCAAAAGGCUGACUUGACUUCCAGCACUAUGCGCAUCUGACACACAUCUGGAUUAAAGAAUUUAUCAAGACAACACACUUCAGAUUAAGGUCUGAAGAAGAAGAACAAACCACUAACCAACCGAAUGAACUUUAUUUACCGAUAACAGCAGCCUGUAAUGGCCAAAGUACCCUGGAGAACCUUAAGACAUGCUACAUAAAAGGUGUUGCUCUUCUGUUGACAAAAGAAAAAGUAGAUCUUGACUGCAUUCAGGACUUGACCCUGCUGUGAGUGGCAGUAGGUCAGGUAAGCUGUUUACUGUUGUGGAUCUAACAAACCCCUUUCACAUAAGAUCUUUUCCUAAUGCUCAGCCUAAGCUCCUUCUGUCCUCUCUUUUGUGUUGUCAGGACCGACUGAAGGCGUACGUCCACAUGCCAUGCACAGGAAGCAUAGCUGAACCUGUCAACACUUGCACUUACACCUCAAGUUCAACCGUAGCUAAUUUUCUGAGAGGGCCAGGCCGGCUUUGCUACAGCUGAGGAUGAUGAAUGAUCUCCUGAGCUAAAGCUAGAUGGUGUGCAAAUGAUGGACCUCCCUAAUGGCCAAUCAAGCAUCACCACCAACGCUGCAACGAUCUCUGAGAAGAGCAGCAGCUCAGAAUCUCUCAGUGAUAAGGGAUCUUCGGAGCUGAAGAAGAGUUUUGAUGCUGUUGUGUUCGAUGUGCUGAAGGUCACUCCAGAAGAAUAUGCAGGCCAGAUUACGCUCAUGGACGCUCCUGUGUUCAAAGCCAUCCAGCCAGAGGAGCUCUCAAGUUGUGGCUGGAACAAGAAGGAGAAGCACAGCUCUGCCCCGAAUGGUGCCUUUACCCGCAGGUUCAACCAGACGAGUUUCUGGGUGGUACGAGAAAUCCUCCAUGCACAGACGUUGAAGAUCAGAGCCGAAGUGCUGAGUCUGUACAUUCGCACUGCCAAGAAACUGUAUGACAUAAACAACCUCCACGCGGUCAUGGCUGUGGUGUCGGGGUUACAGAGUGCUCCCAUCUUCAGGCUCACCAAAACAUGGGCGUUACUGAGUCGGAAAGACAAGUCAACAUUUGAUCGGCUCGACUACCUGAUGUCCAAAGAAGACAACUACAAACGUCUGAGAGACUGCAUAAGCAGCCAGAGCAUGGUCUCCUGUAUACCAUACCUAGGGAUGUACUUGUCUGAUCUGACGUAUAUAGACUCGGCCUACCCCUCAACGGGCAGCAUACUGGAGAACGAACAGAGAUCAAACCUGAUGAACAACCUUCUCAGGAUCAUAUCAGACCUGCAGAGAUCUUGUACCUACGAUAUACCAGUGUUGCCUCAUGUACAGAAGUAUCUCAACUCAGUCAGGUAUAUCGAGGAGCUGCAAAAGUUCGUGGAGGAUGACAAUUACAAAUUGUCACAGAGGAUUGAGCCAGGCACCAGCACACCACGAGCAAACGCCUCCAAAGAGGAUCUUGCCGGCCAGGAAGCAUCAGCGUCUCCUCUCUGCGGCCGUAAGUGUACGGUAGCAGCUGAAGGAACCAAAGUCCCGGCGACACCUCCGUCCCCCAGGAACCUGCUGCCCUAUGGACACAGGAAGUGCCACAGCCUGGGCUACAAUUUUAUCCAUAAGAUGAAUACAGUAGAGUUUAAAAGUGCUACGUUCCCCAAUGCUGGUUCUCGCCAUCUAUUGGAUGACAGCGUGAUGGAGAGCCACAGUCCCACCAGAGGACAAGCAGAAAGCUCAACUCUGUCCAGUGGCAUUUCUCUUGGAAGCAGCGAGGGCUCCGAGCUCAGUGAAGAGGUGUCUUGGCCAGCGUUUGAGAGGACUCGGUUCUAUCACUCUCUGGGCCCAGUGACCCGAGUGGCCCGGAUCCCCUACAGAGGAGUCCUGAGGCCCAGCAGCUCGGCUGAGUCAGAGGAGCUUGCGGUUCACUUAUAUCCUGGAGCGGUCACAGUGCAGGGGGUGUUGAGACGGAAGACUGUGCUCAAGGAGGGCAAGAAACCAACCGUGGCAUCUUGGACCAAAUACUGGGUGGCUCUUUGUGGAACCCAGCUCUACUACUACCCUGCCAAGUCCCUGAAGGCCACUGAGAGAAAACAUUUCAAGUCCACGUCCAGUAAGAGCGUGUGUGUGGUCGGUCUAAUGGCCAUGAUGGCAGACGAUCCCGAGCAUCCGGAUGUUUUCCUGCUGACUGACUCAGAGCAUGGUAACACCUACAAGUACCAGGCGGGGAACAGAAUGAACGCUUUGCUCUGGUUCAAGCAUCUGAGUGCUGCCUGUCAGAGCAAUAGGCAACAGGUGCCAGCCAAUCUGAUGUCUUUUGAGUGACCGUUGCCGAGGAGUUUGACAGCACGAAGGAGAGAGAGAGGAUGAGGAAGCAGAUGAGGAUGAGGAGGAGCACUGACUCAGUAGUGGGAGCUUUCACUGCCAUGAGCCCUAACCGCCGAUUCUCCAAUUCUAGCCCCGGCCUCACUGCAGCCUCACCUGCCACCACUGCCUUAACAAGAGUUACCCUGUGUGUGCGUGUGUGUGUGUCUGUGUAGGUAUGACUGUUUUGGAUGUACUGACUACUGAACAAGGACCUGCACCACUGCUCUUGUCUCCCAUUUGCUCUGUGUCUUUUGUUCAGCACUUCAGUGGAGCCCUUUGACCUCUCCUCUCUCACAGAUAAACUGCCCUCAGAGGGGCAGAAAUAAUCCUCUUCUUCAUUACUUUUUUUUUUUCUCCAAGGGGUUGACUACUUUUAUUUGAAUCUCCGCCAUGCUCGAAUGCAAGAUUUCCACCUCUUCUUCAGCUGGAUGCACAAUCACAGCACGCACGCUCACAUCGAACUAACCCACUGGACUCUGGAGGGUUUUUUGAAAACACCUUUUUACUGACUUGUUUCAUACUUAGAAUCGUUGGUCUCUUCAGUAACUUGACUAAAAAUCACACGAUUAUUGAUGUGAAUCUCACACACUCACAUACUACACACACAGUCACAAGCCUAUUUGAUUGCACCGUUGUAAACGUAAGGGCUCUGAUUCGCAAUCAAUUCCAGCAGAAACAAUUCCCACACUUCCUGAAUGUGUUUAGUUUUUAUUACCAGAAUUUAGCCCUUGUUUUUUGUCAAGUGUCGUGUAUGUAUGGUGUGUGUGUUUCUGUAACUGCAUUGGAUGAGGGGGUUGGGAUCCGCUUAAAUUAGAGGAAUCUUAUCUGUGUUCCACAUAGGUACGAUAAUCCCAGAAUCGAAGCUAAGACGUGUUCAUAGUUGGGAAGACAAGAGUUUCUCAGUUUCAAACCUGCAUUUCUUUGUUCUCCUGUGUUGUCUGCUCUCCGUCGCCUGACAUCAGCUUUCUACGGCAACUCUUGGUUCACCGGACUCACACAUGCAAAACACUAAAGACUUGAAACUGUGAAAGAGUCUCAGAUAGAGAGCUACAAGAACUCACGACACGUGGUUUUAUCUCCUCUUCUGUUUGUUGUUUGCUAUGGUUGGAUCCUCUGGUCUGGAGCAGACACUCAAAGCUACCUGGAGCCAUACAGAGUCUCUUUUAAAUCUUGUUUGUUGAUGAUGUUUUGUGUUAGUUUCUUCUCCUUUUUUUUUUUUUUUUGGGAGGGAUGGUGCAGUUCACAGUAUUAACAUGUAGUAGAUCGAUUGCACGGUAAUGCUUUAUAGUUUUGUCUGUUACAUUUGAAUGUUACAUUUUUUGUCUUUUUUUCCCCCUUUGGGGGCAUUUAUUUUGAGUAUUUUUUGUUCAUGCGAAUUUGUUUUUUUUUGCCCAUCAUAGUGGUGACCAGGACCCGGUUCAAUUUUAGGCCCAGAUAAUGUUGCAUCUGAUUUGGAAAUGGCAUAAAGCACCUUGGUAAUAAUGAGUGCCAAGCCACGCUACCGUGAGGCUGAAGAAAUACUAGGAAGCUGCAGUGGAACUAGACAGAGCUGCUGGUUUGCUUCAGUGGAUUUACAAUUUCCACUAUGCAUUGCAGAUGUGUUUGUGUGCCACAGAUCGACUAUCGCUAAUUGUUUUUGUGAAAACAUGAGCAGGAUGAUGGUUAUGACGAUGAGGAGGUGCUUUUCACCCAAUAAUACUCAAACAUCAAAUUAGAAUUUUUUUAAACAGCUGUUUACAUUGUAUGUUUACACAGUCUUUUCCCUGAUAUCACAAUCCCUUCUCUGCUCCACGUGUACUGUAUUUAGUGUCAAACGCUGUGUAGAAACAAAUGUCUGGCCUACCACUUAAACUCAGAGCUACUUUCAGGCUGUUGAUGAUCAGAGGGAUGGGUGAACAUAUCCACACUCGCAGCACUGAUUCCUGUCUGAUGUCGUUCAGUCUGCCCUCUUCUCCAGGCUUAAACCCAGUUCAUGUCUUCAGCACAGCUUAUUGUACAAUCUAACAGUCCAACUUAGCUAGCUUUGUUUAGUUCAGAUAAAUAUUACAAACUGAAGUCAAUUUAGUACCUUAAAGAGACGCUCAGUCCUUUGUAUGUUGACUAAAAGGAGACAUUGUCGUGGAUGUACCUGUGGAGGAAUGAAUGAGGAAGCCAAAGACAGGCCUGUAUAAUGUGACAGUCACUGCAAGUAUGUGUGUGCAUUUGUGUGCCUGUGCAUACUGCUCUAUUUUUUUAAAAGCGUUGUAAUUCAAGCCAGAGUAGGCAAUUCCUCAAGGCUGCCAUCACUGCUGAGCAGUGGGGGGUAACCAGCUACCUAAUGGAGUGUGUGACUGACUCCUCACCGGGGUGUUUUGUACCGGAAGUAUGACGAGAGGUUCCUUCAGAUUAAAAUUGAACUCAUCUGUCUGCGUCCACCAUGGCUGAAGUUGCAUAAUGGAGCAGACAAAAUCCCAGAUUGAAGUGCUAUGGAGGCUGGCUGGUCUUUGUAUACUACUGGGUGGACUAAAGACUAAAGAGGGCUGUGAAUGAAAUGAGUGAAAUGUCUGAGACGGAGUUCAGGGUGGGCGGUUGAGAGACUGUUUACCCGUGUUUAUGUGCAGAUGCUGGUUGCUCUCUCUUAACCUGAAAUUCAGACAAGCUUAACCUGCCAUCAUUUGCAAUGUAUUGACUGCGUUGGUGCAGCUGAGCAAGAAUUAAAGCUAAAGACUUUCAGGGUCUGCAGGAAGGACUGUGCGCAGAAGGAGCUGCCAUGUAAACAAACCCUGUCUAGACGGCCCCCAUUCUGUGUAUUUGCUUUAUCUGAUGUUAAUUAAGGAUGAUGAAAGAAUAAGACAAAUGAAAUGGUAACAUAUGUAUUUGAUGUCGACUCCUGAGUUGAAAGUUUUAUCCGUAACGCGACCAGAGAAGUGCUUUUGGGGACGUCUUGGAAGGUUUAUUUGAAUUCACUUUGGGUUGAACAAUCUUUCUUUUUGAGAAAUACCCAAAUCAUAUUGAGCUCUUUUAGUGAGGAAAACCUCACUGUUACCUGAGUUUACAUGAUUUUCUUUUGUUUUAUUAUCAUUUCUGUGCAGUGUAUGGUCAAAAUGAUGGAAACACAGAUGUUUUAGUCGAGUCAUUUCUUGGAUUUGAUACCAGUCACUACUAACAUUAUCGCCCAUUAGGGUGAGAGUGGAAAAUUCAAAUGUCAGCCACUCUUCAUUUGAUUAUAAUGUUUGGUUUUUAUGAAGAAACUUGAUUCCAUUUGCUUGAAAAAAAAAUCCCCUUCACUGCAUUACAAGCUCAUGUUGUUUCCUUUAUACUUGCCAUACUGUCUGCAAAUGCACAAUUUGCCCCCGUGUGAACCGUUUUGAGCGAAUCGCCUUCUGAUUUCAGUCUUCUGGGUUUUUUUUAACGGUCCUGUAAAAACAUUUAACAGUCGAGAUGAAGGGUUUCAACCAGAGGAAAUGUCAAUUCGUUCUGUGAUUCACUGUUUACCACGGACAGCAGCAACAGCAGCAGCCUUCAUUAAAGCCAUGGAGGUUGACAGGGGUGAUGUAUAAAUGCCCUUCACCUGGCUCUGAGUGUGUCUGUCUCUGCCUGUGUCAUGACUGUCGGCGAGCGCUGUGACCUCACUUCUGAGUGAUGCGCUGCCAAAUUGUGAAGACUGAGAACCAAUAAACACUCUGCCCUUUUUUACUCCA